ACGUUACGUAGGUACGGUGGCACCUGUCCCGGUUUCAAGUCAAUUCCGUUAUGCAGAUUUAGUUGGGAACCUGAAUUAUGGAAGUCGUUGAACCUCUGCAAGCAGUGCGGUGCACCAAUAGCACAAGCGGUGCCGAGAUCCUGGCACGUGAAACCGGAGCUGCAUCAUCCCUCGUCAGGUUCGGUAGUCGGGAUACCAGCGGGAGCAUUGUCGCCACCGGCAACUUUAUCGCCGCCAGUGAGUCCGAAUUCAGUAAUACCAUCGUCGCCUUGGAGUCCCGGUGCGGAAGGAAGAGGAGGCGGAGGAGGAGGGGGAGGAGGAGGAAGUUACAGUCAAAGUAAUUGCAGCAGCAGUAGAAGUAGCACCAGUAGUACCUGCAGUAGCAUCGCAUCGCCGAGGGUCCCUCCACCGCCAAUCCUGGACCGAUUCAGUGCCUUCACUUUGGUCUCGCAUCACCAACAACAACAACAACUACAACAACAACAACAACAACAUACCGACCUCAGAUUACAAAAUUUAACAUUUGCCGCCGCCGCCGCAGCCGCGGCCGCCGCCUCAGGACCGGCGCACGCCAGAGAGAUGCGGUGCGGUUUGGUUUACGGAAAUUACGCAGCGGGUGCAUUACCCUGGUGGGCGCAUCACGCGGCAGGACUUUUACUACCCCAUUCGCUUCUACCUCCCAGGAUAUCCACGAAUCAUCAUCAUAAUAAUAAUAACAACAACAGUAAUAACAAUAACAUCGAUAACAAUAAUCAUCGACACGAAGUUACGCCCGCUGCAACGGGAGGGCAAAAUAUGCGUCCCGAUGCCGAACCGCCGAGUCCGGCACGCGCCUGCUCACCCAUUACUCAUCGCGGUUUUACACCGGAAAAAGCAAGGAGUGCUGAGGAAGAAGUUCCGUUGAACCUCAGCACGAAACCAUCGGACAGUUGCAGCUCCUCGUCCCGAAGUCACAAUUUACGAAAAAGUGAAAUAUGGUCACCGGGUUCGGUUUGCGAAAGAGAAGCGAAAGAAACCAGACCAGUAUCAUCGUGGAGUCCGACAAUACCGUCCUCAUCGACUCCGGUACUAUCGAAAUUGACGCAUUACUCACCCCUCACACCGCCCUCAUCGUCGGAGAGAACGUUUCAGUGUAAGCAAUGCGGCAAGGCGUUCAAAAGAUCGAGUACGUUGAGUACUCAUCUUCUAAUUCAUUCGGACACUAGACCGUAUCCAUGUCAGUAUUGCGGCAAGAGAUUUCAUCAGAAAUCCGACAUGAAAAAACACACCUACAUACACACCGGUGAGAAACCUCACAAAUGCGUUGUCUGCGGAAAAGCAUUUUCCCAAAGUAGUAACCUGAUAACGCAUAUGCGAAAGCAUACAGGUUACAAACCCUUCCAAUGCGGUUUAUGUGAAAAAGCAUUCCAGAGAAAAGUCGAUCUUAGAAGACAUCGCGAGGGUCAACAUCCCGCUGCACCGGCUCUGGAUUACCGAUCUCUUUCGAUCCCGGUUUCAGGUUCGAUCCAAAUAUCAAAUUCAACGCAUAACAACAAUCAUCGUCACUUGAAUAACGACGAUAAUUCAUCGCCGAACUUGGCUAGUAGAUGCAUACUGCAGAUCAAUGAUAGUAAUAACUGCACCACCGAAAUAAUGAACAGCUGAAGAAAAUCAUUUUCUUCUUUUCGUUUGUUCUUUCUCUUUUUUUUUUUUUUUUUUGUUGUCAUCUCUUUGUUCGCUGUGAUUCUUUCGUUCAUCGAUCCAUGGAAUUGAAAAUCAUUCAUGAAUCGGAUCAGCUCUCAUUUACCGUGGAAAUAAAAAGAAUCGAUUAAGAAAAAAUCAGAAAAAAAAAAAAUCAAAAUGGAUAAAGAAAGAGAAUCGGUUUAUAUGCACAAAAACGUUGUAUUUAUACCUAUGUAUACGUAUUUUAUAAUUGUAAUAACGUACAAUCGCAAUGAGCUAUACCGUCCAUAACAUAUCACCGCAUAGGUAUAAUAGUAUAAUAUAAUUCUUACGGGAUUGACAAAAUCAAUCAAAAUCGAAGAGAGAUGAGGGAAGGAGUGAAAAGAAAAAGAAUUUUUCACAAUAUAUAUGCCGAUGUAAAUACUUUAAAAAAAAAUAUCACCUUGUAAAAUACACGAAUCAAAAUUAUAUUUAUAUAUAGAAUAAAAGUUUAAAUCGUACGGGUCUCGCGUCGAUACCUAUAAUAGAAAUCUUUUUCUUUUUUUUAUUCAUGUUCUUUUUUCUUUCUUUUUCUUUUGACUCGUGGCCUUUUGAUUAUAUUUAUUGAUUAACUUUUACAAUUUUCGUCAUCAUCAUUAUCAUUACUAUUAACGUUAUUGCUAUCAUUAUUGCUAUUCAUUUAUAUUUAUAUUCAAUGUGUGUUACGCUAAAUUAUACUGUCUGGCAAAGAUAAUCAUAACGGCUAGAGGACCAAAGAUAAUUAAUUAUUCUAAGAACUGACGAAUCUAUAGUAAAUCCGGUGAGAAAUCCGGUGCUCUCACAUUUCUUCACCCUGCACAGAUUUUAUGUUCCAAACCGUAUGUAGUUGAAGCGCGGUUGAGAAUAGCGAAAAAAGUACAGAAGAAUCGAAUUUAAAGAAAAAUAAAAAAGAAAAAAAACCAUCCAACAACAGUUUUGCCCUGCACAGAUCGUUUGACAUAAUUCAUUAUUAUCAUCAUUAUUACUGUAGUAUAACUAUUAUUAGCUUUAUCGUUUGUCCUUAGUGAAUAUAAAAAAUAGGAUAAUGUAUGAUAAAAAUCGUAGAUGAUCUUUAUUCAUGUAUAGGGUUAUUAUAUAUAGAUUACAAAAUUACGAACUUAUAAAUUGUAAUAUAACAGUUUACUAUGGGAUGUAUAUGAUAUUAUGUAUAGUUAUUAAUCUAAGAUAAGCAUAAUUUAUUAUAAGGUUAUGGCUGAGCUAUGAGCAAAAAGUUUUUUCAUCGAUUUUAUUAUUAUUGUCACUUAUCAUUAUUUUAUUAUAAAAAAUCAUCACGUGUAAAUUUGUCGAAAACUAACCGAUAUACCGCAUAUCUUAUAUUGAUAUCUACAUUACGUAUAUGCACAAUUAUGCAGUGAAUAUUAUUAAUUAUCAAUUACAUAAUUAUAUUUAUAAACAUAUAUAUUUUUUAUAAUGAUUGACGAUAAUAAUGACAACUCGAUCGUUUCGUACUGGGGCUGACGCGUAACGCAACUACGAUCAGUUUAUUUCAUUUCAUUUUCUUAUUUUUUUUUUUUUUUUUUAUAAAAAUGAUGAUAAAUCCGCUAUAUAAUGAUACUAUAUAAAACGAGGUGAUUACGAUUGCAACAAUUCAUUAUCACUGCUAUUAUUUUUUAUUUCUUUUGUUCUAGUUUCAUUCGUACUAUGAGUUAUCGUUAUAUUAUUAACAUUAGCGUAGUCAAUAGACAACUAUGAUUUCCUUUUUCAACUAGAUUAUAGGAAUGCUAUAUUAAUAGAGGUAAUUUAAUAAUUGUGCUAUUAUAGGGAUUACAUAAUAUUAAUACACGGUAAUAUUAUUGUAGGUAUAGUUAUAUACACACGUAUUAUUAGUGAUGUUAAUUCAAGCAGCGAGAUAAUUGAUGUGUUAUAUAUAAAUAUAUUAUAUAUAAAAAUAUAUAUGAUAUAGUACAUAGAAUAUAAAUAUCGCGGUGAAACCAAGAAGAACCAAAAAUUAUGUUUAUUAUAUAUUGCUAUAAAGAAAAAAAAAAAAAACUAUCGAUUGAAUAAAAUUGUUUUUCCAAUGA